AUGCUGUUUAACCGGAGGAAUUUCAUCAGUAUUGCAAAACUAGCAGGGACCAGCAAGAAGCUGCUGCGACAGUUUUGGUGAGCUUAUCCUUUAAUUUUAUCUGGUGUCCAGUUGGAAAUCUCUGCAGUUAACAGAGGUGAUGGAAAAGCAAGUUUGGAAAACAACCACAGGUAUGGGACACCAGCUCAAAUGAAUGUUGAUCUGAAAGGUCGGGACCUCCUUACUCUACAGAACUACACAGCUGAUGAACUGAAGUAUUUGCUGUGGAUGGCUUCAGAUUUGAAACAAAGGAUAAAGCAUGAAGGGGAGUAUUUGCCUUUGAUGCAAGGCAAAUCUUUGGCCAUGAUUUUUGAGAAGAGAAGCACAAGAACAAGAUUAUCUGCAGAAACAGGAUUUGCUCUCCUUGGAGGACAUCCUUCCUUCCUCACAACACAAGAUAUACAUCUGGGCACUAAUGAGAGUCUCACAGAUACAGCAAGGGUGCUGUCCAGCAUGACAAAUGCAAUCUUGGCUCGAGUUUAUAACCAUAAUGAUCUGGACCUAAUGGCAAAAGAAGCCACGAUCCCAAUAAUCAAUGGAUUGUCUGAUUUAUACCAUCCUCUUCAGAUUUUAGCUGAUUACCUAACUCUUCAGGAGCACUAUGGAGGGCUGAAGGGGCUCACCAUGGCCUGGAUCGGGGAUGGCAACAACGUCCUGCACUCCUUCAUGAUGAGUGCUGCAAAGCUGGGAAUGCACCUGAGGAUUGCCACUCCCAGGGGCUUUGAACCAGACCUCAGGAUAACUAAAAUAACUGAACAGAACUCCAAAGAGUAUGGUACCAAGUUACUUCUCACAACAGACCCUUUGGAAGCUGCAGACAGUGCCAAUGUCUUAGUCACAGACACAUGGAUAAGCAUGGGACAAGAAGAGGAGAAGAAAGAAAGACUACAGGCAUUUCAAGGUUAUCAGAUUACAAUGCAGACUGCAAAAUCUGCUGCUUCCAACUGGACUUUUUUACACUGUUUACCCAGAAAGCCUGAAGAAGUUGAUGAUGAAGUAUUUUAUUCUCCACAGUCAUUGGUUUUCCAGGAGGCUGAAAACAGAAAAUGGACAAUUAUGGCUGUCAUGGUUUCCCUGCUGACAGAUUACUCACCACAGCUACAAAAACCCACAUUUUGAUGCUUGGAUUCCUGCCAGGAGAAAAAUAUUCCUCAUCAGCAGAAUAUUCUGGUCUGCAAAGACAUAGAUCUUCUUCAGAAAGGACCAAGACAAUAAGUGAUUUUUUAAUAAAA